AUGACCACAAAUGAUAAGUAUCUUCCGUCGUACGAGGAGUUGACGGUACCUCAGGAGAUGGUCGUAUCGAGCCCUGCGCUCCGCGCUGGGGUUUUUCAUUUAGGGAAGUACUGCGAAAUGGAAAGCAAGGAGUUUAUUCUGUGCCGCAACGAGUACGAAGAUCCUCGAAAGUGCCUGGCGGAAGGUAGACAUGUAACCGCUUGCGGAGUGAGGUUUUUCCAGCAUGUCAAAAAGCUGUGCGCCGAUUCGUUCACCGACUACAUGAACUGUGUCGACAACAGCUCGGAAAAACUGCUAUUGGCACCCUGUCGUCGAUUCCAGCGUGUCUUUGAUCGUUGUAUGUUGGACAAUAUGAAUAUAGAGAGGCCGCGUAUCGGUUACUAUAGUGUGCCACAUAUCCACAAAACGCAACGACCGCCUGUUGAUAAACAGGAUUUCCCCGAUUAUAAAUCGGAAGCUGACAAAGUCAUCAAGGAAUUGCCGGAAAAUUAUCCUAUACGUAAAGAUUAUAAACGUUUCUAUCAACCGCAAGUGAAUCCUUUCAUAUAA